AUGGAAGCAGAUCAGCCUUCUCCAGAAAAGCCGCGCAAGAAGACGACUUCUGCUGCCCAUCGCAAGUCAUUAGCGUGCGAAUACUGUCAUCGCUCAUUUGCGCGGCUCGAACAUCUCCAAAGACAUCUCCGCACUCACACGAAAGAAAAGCCUUUCUCGUGUGAUAUUUGUUCCAAGUCUUUCGCUCGAAGUGACCUGCUUGUCCGACAUGAGCGCUUAGUGCAUCCUGGCGAAGCGGCCGCUCAUCGAGGGGAGCGUCGGUCCGGGACCGAUGCUACAGCUUCCCACCAGACGGUCCCGCUGAGUCCGGCUUCCAUGAUCCCACAGGCUCAUCAUGAGUCUCGCAUGCUGGACAUGCAUGACUCCAUAAGUAUUCAGCAACAACCGCCUCCACCUCCACCGGUGCCCCCGCCAGAGGUACAGGUGCAUCAUGCACCGUUGAUUGAGCCGAAUCACUUCAAUCCCUCGUGGGGCUACGAUCUCAACCUUCUUUCACACGCCGCAAGUCAUGUUGCUCUGGAAAACCAACAAGAAAUAGCACUGGAAUCCAUUCGCAAACCACAUCUCCCAACCGGACCCUCUCCUCAGUUACAGCCUACAAUACAAGAGAAAAGCAUUUCCGAUGCAUACAGUGUUGAGCCGUCUUUUCUUGAUCUUACCGAUCUCGGAGAUCCAGUUCAAGAUUUCUCGGUUUUUCUAGAGAGCGUCGGUUUAUCAACCGAUUGGGAUUCAGGUGUCUUUUCAUCAGUUGAGACGGAUCCGUUAUUAUCCAACUCCAUCCAAUUCGAUUCCAAAACGGCAAAUCGAGAAUACGGGCAGCCAAGACUGAAUCCGGAUAUUCUCAGUGAACAGCGGGGAUCUGCAGAUGAAGCUCCAUCUUUCUCCAACUUCGGGUCCAGACUUCCAUCCUUGCAACCUGAACCUCAGGAAUCUGAUGAACGCGCCAGUCUACUCGAUGACCCUACAAAUCCCCGUCCGGCAUGGGAUAUUUCAAACACUGAUCGGCAGUUGUUUCUCUCUAGACUUGAAGAGUUUGCACAUGUUCUCCCCCGUGGAUUCAUCCCACCCUCUAGACAUGCUCUAUCACGUUUCAUUGCCGGCUAUAUCAACGGGCUCAACGAGCAUCUUCCAUUUAUCCAUGUACCGACGCUGUCUGUAGUUAGAUGUCUUCCGGAGCUCACCUUGGCCCUUGCUGCUGCCGGAUCCCAUUACAGAUUCGAAAACAGUCGGGGAAUAGAGCUGUUUCAUGCAGCCAAGGCAGUCUUGUUUGAACGCAUUCGACGAAGAGACGCGAAGCAAGUUCCCACGCCGACAUGGGAUAUCUACAUUCCCAGCAUGUCAUCUCAAAGAAGUUCUAUUGCUCCUUCGAAUACCCCUGGUAGCCCUUUUCAGACCCAAAAAUAUCCUCAUCAGCUGGAUACCAUGAGCUACAUGAUGGGUGAGUCCGAAGCUCAUAUGGAAGUCAUCCGAACGUUUUUGCUCUUGACUGUAUUCGCAUCAUGGGAAAAACAGCCAGAGUUACUUCGAGAAAUCCUUGCUCUACAAAGUACCCUGGCCAGGCUAGUGCGUGAACACGGAUUAUCAGACUCGAUCAUGAUCUCCGAUAACCUAGCCUGGGAUGAGUGGGCACGGCUAGAGGGCAACCGACGUACAAAACUAAUUGUUUACUGUUUCUUUAAUCUUCAUUCCAUCAUGUACAACAUUCCCCCGCUUAUAAUGAAUUCGGAACUGAACUUGAGGAUGCCGUGUGCCCACGAUAUCUGGAAAGCUAAUAAUGCAUCGCAAUGGCGACGGAUAUAUCGCUCGCGGCAUGAACCGAUUGUCACUUUUCAGGAGGCCUUCGCAAAACUCUUUCUCAAAACACCACCAUCGAAUCCAUGCCCCAUAUCACCACUCGGGAAUUAUAUCCUGAUUCAUGCCAUCAUUCAACAGAUAUUCUUUGCUCGUCAGCUACGCAUAUCAGCACCACUUAUGCCAGGCACAAGUCUUCGUCCCGAGGACCUAGCAGCAUUGGAGAAUGCAUUGAACGCAUGGAAGGCAGGAUGGAAAAGAACGCCCGGGUCAAGCAUUGACCCUCAAAAUCCAGCAGGGCCUAUUGCUUUUACGUCAACCGCCCUUCUGGGACUGGCUUAUAUCAGACUUCAUCUUGAUUUAGGGCCAUGUCGACGGCUAGUGACUCAAGAUCCACUUCAAAUCGCAAGAGCCUUGCAAGACUCUCCGCCCAUUGUGCGCAGCCCGAAACUCAUCAUGGCUCUACUCCACUCGGCUCACGCGCUUUCAAUUCCCGUCAGACUCGGCAUCGACUUUGUUGCGCGCACACAUUCAUUUUUUUGGAGUAUCCAGCACUCACUUUGCAGUCUCGAAUGCGCAUUCCUCCUCAGUAGAUGGCUCCUUUCGAUCCCAUUAACCCAAAACGAGCAAAGACUAUCUGACCAUGAACGAAAACUACUUUUAUGGAUUAAGAGCAUGAUGGAUGAAACUGAUAUGGCAGUAGUAUCCUCGUCAAAUGAUGGGAACGAUCUUGAUUUCAUUCAAGAUCCAUUCAAGGUUAGACGGUUAAGUGUUGCCGUUGUGCGUGUUUGGGCACGCACGUUCAAGGGGAAUACCAGUUGGGCUAUUGUUGAUUUGAUAGGAUCUAGCCUUCAGGCUUAUGCUGAUCUUUUGGAAGGCUGAUGUUUAUACACUAUGAAUUGGGGGGUUCCUAUCAUUUCUUCAAGUACUAGGCCGUUGUCAGUUCCCUUACACACUCUUGAUACCCUGAUGCCCCCGUUCCACUUACCCUACGACGAUCAAUGAUAUCAACGGCCUAGGAAAUGUACACUUGUUUCAUCUUUUGGAAUGGUUUGUUUUUGUACUAUUGUAUGCUUUGCCACGAGUCACGAAGCUCGUGGUUCUGUUUUCGGAUAUAGUAUAUAUGUACUUUUCAUUUGCAAUGCAAGUCUAUGGCAGUGAGAC